AGCAGGGGCCCUUUCUUACAUGCACUCAUGUGCUUCUACUCCCAUUCUUCACAGAGAUAUCAAAUCAAGCAACAUAUUAUUAGACGAUACUUUUAGAGCAGUGGUUUCUGAAUUUGGACUUUCAAGAUUAUUGUCCGUUGACAAGACUCAUUUAACAACACUAGUAGGGGGUACAUUUGGUUACAUGGAUCCACAAUAUUUUCGAUCUGGUCAACUUAAUGACAAGUGUGAUGUCUAUGCAUUUGGUGUAGUUCUUGCAGAGCUUCUGACAAGCCAAAGAGUUGUCUCUUCAUACAUAAUAGAAGAACCAGGUUUGGUCAAACGCUUUACAUUAUUAUUGAAGCAAAAUCUCAUUUUUGAGAUUUUAGACACUGAAAUUAUAAAAGACCUUGAGGAUCAAAAAGUGAUUCUUGCUGUGGCUAAGCUUGCCAAGAGAUGCUUAAAUUUUAAUGCACGGAGAAGGCCAUGCAUGAAGGAGGUGGCAGCUGAGCUUGAUCAACUAAGAAAAAGGGGGCAAGAUAUACCUCAUGAUGAGUGUUUUCAAGAUAACUUUUCUCCAAGAAGUGGAAGUUCAUAUAGUUGUAAAUCUGAUUGUACAGAAGAAGAUAUUCAUAAACUCAGUGUCUCAUGAUUAACCGAAUUAUU